UUAAACAUGCCCUUAUUUCCAGUUCCCUUCAUCAACAGAAAACCCAAAAAACCCGAAGCUCGAAAAUGGGAAGCUCUAGAUUCUCGUUCAGUUUCCUCGCGAUUUGCGCAAUCCUGGCCAUCCACGUGGCGGCUUCCGCUUCGUCUCCCAUGCUCGAUUUUGGCGGCGACCAUUUCCUCCCGAUUAAAUCGGAGUGCGGUGGAUCCAUCGCGGAAUGCCUGAUGCUCAGCGGGGAAGAUUCCUCGGAGUUCGACGGCGAGUUCGCCAUGGACUCCGAGAUCAACAGGCGCAUUUUAGCGACGAGGCGUUACAUUAGCUACGGUGCGCUGAGGAGAAACACGGUGCCAUGUUCGCGACGCGGUGCGUCGUAUUAUAACUGCCGGCCGGGAGCUCAAGCAAAUCCUUACUCACGCGGGUGCAGUAGAAUUACACGCUGUCGGCGUUAGAUUUAUUUAUUUAUUUAUUUUUAUGCCCUUUUAUUAUAAAAAUAAAAUAAACUUGUUGCUCCUCUAGUCUAAUUUUGAAAAUGUAAUAUUUUCUUCUAUUUCUUCCUAUACUCGAUUCAUAAAUUAUUGUGUGUAUUGCAGAUGGAUUGUUGUUUUUAA